UGAUUUUGCAUUUCAGGGGAGGAGAACUGUUUGUUUAUUAACAGUUCUCCGUCAGCUUGGGCACACUGCUUUGGAUGGCUGUGCACAGCACAACCAUCCAAAGCAGUGUGCUUACAGUGAAGCACACCGACAUGGCCCCCUAUGUAAAACACUCCCAGCACACAGUUUACCCUUUGAUCACCCUUCAUGUUAACCCCUUCCUGCCCAGUGCCAUUAGUACAGUGUCAGUGCUUUUAAUUAGCACUGAUUACUUUAUUGGUCUCACUGGGGGUGUCAGUGACACCAAGUCAGUUCCCCCCAGUGUCAGAAUGCCCCGCCGCAGUCCCACUAUA